UGCGGGACUGUUUAAACUUUUUGCGGGUUGCGCGCGUUGCAAACACAAAAAGCGAACAACUUGAUUGUUUUUCCUCCUCUUCAACACACACACGAGUUUUGCGGAGUCGCGUGCGCGCGUUUCAAUUGCGUUUUGCGUGCGUUUUGUGUGCGUUUUUUUGCGUUGCCGAGGGAAAUACUCUUCAUACUCGUAUGCAAGCAGCUGCAUCUGAGGCUUUGAAAUCAGUUUUAUGUUUAGCUGCUGCUCUAAGCCAAAUCACUCAUAAAAAAUACUAAAAACAGCAACAGUAAAAAGCAAUUCAAAGCUGCCAUAAAAUCAAAAUGAUCAUCCAAGUAUAUGCAUUCAUUUUGUGUUGUAUGUAAUUAAAUAUGUAUGUACAUGGGAUAUGCCCUUCGUUAAGCUACCAAAUGUACAUAACACUCUAUAUAUGCAUAUACAUAUACUAUAUAUAAAGUUAUAUGUAUAGAGUAGUAUAAUCAAAAGAGACAAACUCGUUUCCAUCAACGGCAACGCGCAGUAACAAAUAUAAAACAAAUUAAAUUAAAUUAAUUUUAAUUGCCGCCAAAAGAUCACAUAAAAAGCGUGCAGUUAAAAGAAAAAUAUCAGCAAAUUAAUUAUAUUGUAUAUAGAAAAACAUGAUGCGAUAAAAAAGUUUACGAUUUAAAAAUAAAAAAAAGUUUAUACACACAACAACAAAGCAGAAAACAACAGAAGCGAUAACGCAACAGGCGCGCUCUAAACAAAAGACUUAGGCAACGAACUGGCUGCCGUUUUCUCGUGUUGCGAGUGUGUUGUGAGCCAGAUAACGGUGCUUCGGUUCGGUUGAUAGCAGCAACAACAACAAACAAAAUGCAACAAGCAACAAACUAAUUGACAAGUCAAAUCCUGCCUGCCUGCCUGCCUCACUGUUGCAAGCUGGCAAACAGCUGGCAUCAAACAAGGAAAAACACAAACAAAAACGAAACGAAACGAAUCAAAUCGAAAACGUAGUGAGGAGAAAAGCAAAACAAUCGACGGACAACUCGUCGUCGUCUCCGUCUCCGUCAUCGUCAUCGUCGUGGCUUCAAAUUCAACUUCAACUUUAAUCAAAUCACUGCCGAACGAACGAACGAACGACAAUUGCAAGUGUGCCUCUUAAUGUCUUGCCACAAAAUAGCAAAGUAGAGAGAAAAAAAACCAAAUAAAUUUACAUAAAUAUUUCACGUGCUGCUUUUUUGCAACAUCCGUGUGUCCAUAAAAACUUUCUGUGUGUUCUACGCAAAUGUGAGUGCAAGUGUCUGUCUCCUAGAGAAUACCUGCUAAAUGCCAUUGGCACAAAAGUUCAAAUAAUACUUCAAAUAGAAAACAAAUACAAAAGCAAAGGCAAAGAAAGAGAGUUUGCAGUGCGUUAAUUGCGUGCGAAUCCUAUGCAAUAUGUCAGAGUCAGCACCUUAAGCUCUUUCACUUGGCAUCGAAAACAACCUAAGCUAAGCAAUAAAAUCUAAUUAAACAAAAUUCAUAUUCCAAUAUCAAAUCAAGAAGUCAAAGCAUUUUGUUCGCACUGGAAAUUCACGGACAUCAAAUGAUUGGCACCGAGGAGAUGUCCACAUCGACUGGCAUGGAUAUAAGUGAAUCCUUUCGUGCCGAGGAUCUCUCGAAGACGGACUUCUUCGACUUUGUCACAGCGCCUGACAUGGGCAUUGGCAUCGGAGUCGGCGUUGGCGUCGGAGUCGAUGUGGCAGCCUGCGUAGACCUGCAACAGCAGCAACAUCAUCAGCCACAGCACACACAACAGCCACAACACAGUCACAAUCACAGCCAAGGACAUCAGCCAAACACGUCACAAACGCCACAGCAGCAAAGAAAUAACAACAACAACAUGACGCACGAUGUCACAGAUGGAAGCGGAGGCGGGGCAGGGAUUGUGGCAGUCAGCAAUCGCAAUGGCAGCACCAGCAAUGGAGGCGAUCCCACGUUACAGGGCUACGAGUUCUGGCACCAGGACAAGGACAACAGCCGCCUGGACUCGAGCUCGAUAUUCGAGGACCUCGAUCGCUACUGCUGGCAACAGCAGCUGGUGACAGCGAGCGGCACGGGGAGCGUGAACACGAGCAGCGUUCGAUGUAGCACCCAGCCCAGUCCCACCUCUCCGCAAGCACAUCCCUUACAACAACACCAGCAGCAGCAACAGCAACAACACCAGCAGCAACAUCAACACCAGCAACACCAGCAGCAGCAACAACAGCCCAAUGCGAGCAGCUCGUCGAGUGCGGCGGGCAGCAGCAGCGAUACCAUCAGCAGCCUGGAGACAGCCGAUGGCCAGAUCUACACACUGACAGUAUUAAACGGAGCCGAGCCCUGGCUGAAGCGGGAACCGGAGCAGCUGCCCAGCUCGCUUGAUCUGGACAGUCUGCUAGGCAGCUUUCCGGGCUACAUCAAGUCGGAGUAUCCCUACGACGACAGCGGCUUCAGCACGGACGGCAAGGAUGUGAUUGUCAGUGGGGCAGACGCCAAUGGUCUCAGCAGUAUUUCGCAAUCCCAAUCGCAGCAAUCUCAGCACGGACAGUCGCUACCCUCGCUGGUCACGGCCAUCUCUCUGGCGGGUGGCGGCGGCGGAGGGGUGAACGAUCUGGGCCAGCAGCUGGCGCAGUUCCAGAACAACAACAACGACUGGCACAUGGCCGAUCACAAUGCGGAAGCGGAGCAGAACUCAGCGGAGUCGUUGCUACGCAGUGCACUUCAAGGCAAAGGCUAUGCCAAGGGACUGCAGCACAUGCAGAAUGGCUUGAGUUUGCCCGUGGUGAAGGACGACGAGAUGCGGCGACUGCUUUUCACGCCCGACGAUGCUGCCGAUGCGUUGGGAUUCGCGGAUUCGACGCUGAGCACGGCGCAGAUGUUUGAGGAUGCGCAGUCGAUGGGCCAGGUGGGUGGCGGGGGCGUGAUGUCUGCGUCGAAUCAUGGCCAGCACGGCGGCAACGCCACCAACAUUAUUGUGGAUGACAUGUUCCUGUCGCUGGAGAACGCCUUCAGCGAUGAUUUCGAGAAGCUCAAGCGGUUGGCCAACGAGGUGCAACAGUUCUGCAGCGGAGGCAACGGCACGCCCACGCCUGGAGACUACUCGAGCAGUGAUGUGCUCAUGCAAAUCUCGCCCAGCGGCGCAGCAGCGAGCGCAGCAACAGCCCCGCAACUGCAGCCACUAGCCAAUGCCCAGCAGCAGCCACAACAACAGCAGCAGCAACCGCCGCCGCAGCCACUGAAGCCAGAGGUAUCGACGUCGACUGUGAGUCCAGCCGGAGCAGGAGGUCGCCUAGGAGGUGUGAGCAAGCCGAAGAAGCAGUACAAGCGCAGCAAUAGCAGCAUCAACAACAACAACAACCCGAGCGUGGCCAACAACAACAAUAGCAAGGCGGCCAACGGCAACAGCAGCGUCUUAGGCGUCGUCAUUGGAAAUGGAGGCAGUUCCUCAUCCAGUGGCAGCGCCAGCAGCAGCAGCAACAGUCCGCCCGCCAACUGCAAUGCCAGCGGCGGCUCAGGCAGCUCGGGAGGAGGUAGCUCCGGAGGAGGCGGAGGACAGCGCAAGGAGCGUUCGCUGCACUACUGUUCGAUCUGCUCGAAGGGAUUCAAGGAUAAGUACUCGGUGAAUGUGCACAUACGCACGCACACCGGCGAGAAGCCGUUCGCUUGCUCGCUGUGCGGCAAGAGUUUCCGACAGAAGGCGCAUCUGGCCAAGCACUAUCAGACGCACAUGACCCAGAAGAAUAACGGCAGCCUCAUCAAAGGCAGCUCCUCGAAGCAUCAGCGAGCUGGCGCCAAUGCAGCCAACGCGGCUGCGAGCUUAGCUCAACAGCGACAGCUGAGUGCGGUGUCAAGUGCUGUGGCCACACCCAGUCUGAUGAGUGCGGGCGUUGUGCUCAGCGGUCCCAAUACCCCGCCCGGAGUGUUACCCCCGGCCAAUGGGCUUCUGGCGAAUCGGUAACGAACCCAACAAAGCGAAACCACACACAACCAACUAUUUCUUGUUCCUUACUUACAAAAAUACAA